CACGAUUUGGCAUUAAUGAAAAAGUUGGUAAUGAAAAUCAAAGCAUUUGAACCAUAUUCGUUUGCAAUGAAAACAGAGCUGUCGAGAGCGCUCUUGUAUGAGAAAUUUGAGAGAGGAAGAAUAGUAAUACAGCAAGGACAUGUUGGCAUCUCAUUUUAUUUCAUCGUAUCUGGUACUGUGGUAGUACAAAGAGAAGAGAAAGAUCCCAGAACGAAUGAAAAGCAUGUCCAGUGUAUAGGCGAAAUGUCGGAAGGUGAUACGUUUGGGGAGGUAGCGCUACUACAAAGCAGUACACGUACCGCUACCGUCGUCUGUAAAACUACUUGUGAGUUUUUAAAAAUUGAUCGAGACGACUUCAACCAGGUAAUAAUGAAAAAAAGCGAACGAUUCGACCAUGAAAAGAAACUAAAAGUCUUCAAACAGUUAUGUUACUUCCAAAAUUGGUCUUUACAAGAAAUACGCUCUGCUUCUACACACUGUAAAGUUGUGAAGUAUGCCAAAAACUCGAUGAUAAUGAAAGAAGUUGAUUAUGUAUAUUUUGUGAACUCGGGGAGAUGCAAGAUAGUUCGUGAGAUUAUUGCAGUCAAAACAAAAUUACCAUUUGGAAAAUGCCGUCUCUCGCUAGUGCCACCUGAAAAAACAGCAGUUUUGUCAAAAAAUCAGACCUUGCAAAAGCGUUAUUUGGUUUUAAUGACAAUUAAUGUUGGUGGAUAUUUUGGAGUGGGCGAAGAUCUCAGUAAAAUAUUUAUAAUUAGUGAUGACGAGGUUGAGUGUCUUCUUGUUCACCAAAUUGUUUUUCAAAGACGUGACGGAGGGCGAGAGUUAAGCAGACUGCGCGUAAAUUUAGAGUCGUCAUAUCCUGGCCUAAGACAAGCCUUCAAAUGUUUUUUGCUAGAACGAAAAUGGCGAAAAUACAAAAAGUCGUUGAUUGAUGAGCUUUUAAAAAAAAGGCGUAAGCAAGUAACCACGAAGCUGAAAGAUAUACCGCUGACCAUACGACAAAAGCAUGAAAAUUAUGUUGAAAAUCUGUAACAAGGCCAUUGAAAAGCAUGUCACAUUUGAUGUGAACAUUACUGAAAAGUGAAAUUCAGGCCAAACUAUGAAGAUGAAAAUAGGAAGCGAAAGAUUCAAGCUAGUAGCUAUAAAGCUGGCUAAUUAUAAAAUGUGUAUAUAGAAUGCUAAGACUGCAUGUAUUCUUAACAAAACACGUGACUGAUAAACAUUGUCUAUUCAUUUAAUUGUUGUAUUUGUUUUCUUGGUAAUUUGAUGUCCAUCCUUGAUCUAUUCAUUUUUCAGUAACAUGAAACAAAAUUCAUUUAUAAUUUCAUCAAUUUUGGCCAUCCCACAUAUUGGUUUCUCAAUAUGGUUUCUCUGGAAGUAGAUAAUUGUAACUUUUCUAUAACUGCGUUUUGUUUUGACAGUUAAUAAAUAUUUAUUGUCAAA